AUGAGCAGCGUGGCCAUGGAGCAGAACGCGGAGGCGGCAGCGGCCAGCAUCGAGAGGCAGUACGAGGGCAUCGACAUCAUGACGCGCCAGCACACCUCAGCCGCCGCCGCAGCUGCAGCCCUCGAAGAGGCGUUUGGACCCGCGCCCGCAUUUCCAGGAGAAGACAUCAGCCAGGCCCACAAGGGUCAGCGGGUAGACUCUGGAGAGUACUCCCAGGAGUCCAGGGUCCCGAGGUGCCACGACUCCAAGCAGAUGUGCUACCGCAACUGGCAUUGGCAGUGGGAGGGCCACUCCCAAUCGCAGCAGCCAGCAUCAACAGCGGCAUCAGUCACCGGGGUCUCGAGGGGCCAACGUGACACCACCACGGCCGACACGAGGGCCGCCCGCCGCGUCUCGAGGGGCGCUAGUGUGUCCCCCUCCGCCAUCCGAGUCCACGAGAUCGAGAACGUGGAAAGGACCUUUCUCGACGGUCAAAACUCGGCUGGCAGCGAGGCAGAGGAUGGCAUGGAGCAAUGCCGCGUCAACGUCUGCGACGACGUCGACACUACGACCCUGCACAACAUGGCAAGGAUGGCGCUGGAGAUGUGCCCAUCACGCGAGCUGCCGACCAGGCGGACACACAUCUACACGGACGGCAGCUACAACGGCAUCCCACAUACAGCCGCCUGGGCAGUUGUCAUUGUCGACGAGUACGACGACGGGCGCAACUCACGAGGCCCGUUCGGUUUUCGGGGUUUCAUUGCUGGCAAGGUCACCGAGACCCUUGACGACAUGGUAAACAACGAGAAGGUGACGGCAUACACAGCUGAGCUCACGGCAGUACUUUGGGCACUAAUGUGGGCCCUUGGUCAAGACACCGACGCGCCCAUCGAGAUCACGCCCGAUGCCCUCAACGUUAUCAACCUGGCCAAAGGCGAAGCCCAAUGCCACGUACAUCCGAGGUUGGGGGCCGCCAUUCGCACGCUUGCAGGCCUCCUCCAACAAGCCCGACCUACCCAGUGGCACCAUAUUAACUCGCACAUCGGGCACCCUUGGAACGAGCUCGCAGAUGGGAUAGCAGAUCAAGCUUCGGCCAGCGACCUGAUGGACCCGAACAUUGCAGCAGUGCAGGCGAUCGCUCACAACAAGUUCCUUUCCUGGGAAUGGCUGCGAUCAGAGCCAGAUGCGGUCAAGGCCGCAUACCCGCCCUUGCGGAACAAAGACUUCAUCAUCGAGGCCACCCAGCCGCAGGCAGCCCCAGGAGCGAUCCAGAGGCCCAUCAGCACCACCACCAUCAAGGCCGACCUCAACGUGAAUUUGUGCACCUACAACUGCAGAUCACUCAAGGUCACGCACCUAGCAGCACAGUUUGCUGACAUGGGCCUGCACGUCGUCGCCCUGCAGGAGACGCAGAGCGAAGGAGACGUCCGCAAUGUAGGUGAAUAUGUUUGCUACUCGUCAGGCCACACGCAGCAGAACAGAGGAUGCGACAUCUGGCUCAACGUCUCCCAACCAAUCAGCGCGAGUGGGGCAGCGAAGUACCUAGGUGCCAAAGACACCCUCGUCCUCCACCAGCACGACAGGCUCUUGAUCAUCAAGACCCGCGUUGCAGGCACAGACAUGGUUAUCGCAUCAGCAUACGCACCCCACGAAGACUCCCACGCGGCGGAGAAGAGAGAAUUCUGGGAGUCUGCUCAGCGAUUGUCUGCCAAGUACCGAGUGGACAUCUUCAUGGGGGACCUGAACGGGCGUCUUGGCGACUACGAGUCCCCAGGAGUUGGCACCAGUGGGUACCCAGAAGCGACCAACGGCAAUGGCAAGCACAUCAUCAGCUCCGCUGCCGACACCAACAUGGAGGUCAUCAACACCACGAGGGAUCCAGGCAACAACUCACAUACGCAUGUCGGAUCGAAGGGGCAGCACCACAGGAUAGACUACAUCCUGCUGAGCUCCUCGAUCGCCCCGUACGUCGCGAGCUGCAGCACGGAGCCAGGUCUGGACCGAGGCACAGCUGCACAAGACCACAUACCAGUACUAGCCACCCUCAAGUGGGCCGUCUGCAAGACCACCAAGGCCUCAGGACCGAGGCCCGACCUGACCAACUUGAACAAUGACGUCGCCAAGGCCAGCUUCAAGGAGAUUCUCAAGCAGGCCCCGAUCAUCCCCUGGCAGGUGGACGUCAACACCCACUGCGAGGAGGUCACCAGGGUCGUCAACGACGCGGCCAUCCAGGCCUUCGGCAAGGCCGCCAAGGCAACGAGGAAGCCCUACGUCACCAAGACUACCAUGGGCCUGAUCCGAGCCAGGUCUGGGCCCACCGUUGCCGCGGCCGUCGAGAAGGACCGCAGCGCAUUCCUCAGUCGGCUUGCCUCGACUGCGUCCUCCGCCUCCGCUGCGAACGACGCUGCGGCCCAGUGGAAGGCUUACCGCGACCCACUAAGGUAUGGAGGGAGGAAGGCGAAGUUCCCAGCAGGAAAGCCUAUGCGGCUCGACAAGGAUGGAGAGGUGAUCCACAACUCCCAGGACAUGGCGGACCAGGAGCUUAACCAUUUCGCGAAGAUACAGGCGGGCAAGAUCGUGACAGCGGAUGAUCUUGCCAACAAGUACAAUCACGACAGCAAGACCAGGCCCUUCGACGGCAUGCUGGAUCUCUCCAUGGUGAUGCCCCUGGCCGUCUGCCAGGCCCAGUUCGCCGCGGCCAAGGCUGGGACGCAAGGAGGCCCCGACGGGCUCACGAACGCUGUCCUCAGGGCGGCCCCCACAGAGGCAGCGAGGCUACUGCACCCCCUCUUCACCAAGGUGGCGACCACCGUACGGGAGCCGCUGAGCUUCAAGGGUGGAGACCUGGUCGCAAUUCCCAAAGGAAAAGGCGACCCAAGGUACCUCCAAGCCUACCGCGAGAUCCUCUUAAACAACGUCCUGGGCAAGCACCACCACAAAUACCUACGGACCAUGCUCAACACUACCCUCGCCAUAGCGCUGGAGGGCAUCCAGGUUGGCGGCCGGCCCAAGCGAGGGGCGGACAUGGCGGUCCUAGCAGCGCGCCUCUUCACAGAGAGAAGUCAGGCCCAAGGGAAGUGCUCCAUGAUAAGCUGCUACGACUUAAAGGAGGCCUUCUACUCGGUUGUAGUCCAGCUGGUUCAUGGCAUCCCAGGCGAGGAGGACGAAGUCAAGGAGGUGCUAGAGAACCUCGAGGUUCCCCUGUGGGCCCAGCCGCAACUGGAGCACCUCAUGGCCAACCCAGGGAUACUCGACACAGUGUUGGACGGCUCCCACUUGGCUGCCCUCAUUGCAGAAGGUUACCGCAACGGGUGGACAUCACACAGGUUCUCCCAGAACCUCAUGGCGCCGCACAAGGGCACGAGGCCUGGCGUGCCCCUGGCCGACGCGGACUUCAAUCUGCUAUUCGGCCGAGUCCACCGCAUGAUCGACAGCUACCUUGCGCAGCGAGGGCUACGCGAGCCCUGGCCCACCGUGCUCCAAGGCCUGGGCACUGCCGCCCAGGUCGGCAGCCAGGCCUUCGAGCUUCAGCAGGUCUGCCUUCGCCUGGAGGACGCCCGGAGCGAGGCGGAGCAGGAGGCCACCCUCCGCCUCAGCGCCGAGGCACCGCCCUAUUCCGCCCCCCACGCGGCCGCGCGCGAGCUCCCCGCGGGGACACUGCUGCCAGAUGCACUGGCAACGCCUGGUGCCGUGUUGGCCUGCACUGGCAGCGCCCACGUGAUGACCAUGCGGCCGACGCGGGCCCAUGUGAAACUGACGGCGCCGCCAGGACAGUACCAGAACACGAAGACCAAUGACGACAGGACCAAGCAGGACAACAGCGGCUUGCACGUCGAUGCCUUCACAGCCCCCACGAAGAUUGGCAUGAUUACUUUCCCCACCAUCCCAGACAAGUUUGAAAUGCCUGGUGCUGGCUUCAACGACGCCAGCUGCUGCCAGAAUGACCCCAGCAGCGACGACAUGCGUAAUGUUCAGCCUAGAGGAGGAGGACGACGAGCUUACAACAUCGUCCACAGCGACCUUUUGGCACGGAUCGGCACGACCACGGGCUGUAACCGCAACACGUGGCGUUGCACCGACGCCGAGGCAACUGGGUGCGACAAGCACCUCGACUAG